CUCUCUGACUGCCUCUUCUCAGACUGACGAUGGCUGAAGCCCAGCUGUUUGUAUCACAGGACGAGUUCACCUGCUCAGUGUGUCUGGACCCCCUGACUGACCCCGUCACCAUCCCCUGUGGUCACAAUUUCUGCAUAAAGUGCUUAACCAACUACUGGGAUCAGAGCCAAGAGUGCAGCUGUCCUCAGUGCAGACACACCUUCACCACAAGGCCUGAGUUGAACAGAAACACUCUGCUGAAUGAAGUCGUCAAGAAAUUAAAGAACACGGGACUCAGUCCUCCUCCAUCUAUGAAUUAUGCUGGCCCUGGAGACGUGGAGUGUGACUUCUGUACUGGGAAGAAGUUCAGAGCGGUGAAGUCCUGUCUAACCUGCAUGGCCUCCUACUGUCAGACUCACCUGCUGCCUCACUAUGAAGUAGCGGCCUGGAAGGGACACAAGCUGACUGAUCCAGAUAGAGAUCUCAAGGCGAAACUCUGUGUGGAACAUCAGAAAAGUCUGGAGAUGUUUUGUAAAACUGACAAGACGUGUAUCUGCUUGAUGUGUGGAGUGACUGAACAUGAUGGUCAUGAAAAGGUUGAGCUGGAGGUGGAAAGACAAGAAAAACAGAAACAGCUGGAGGUGACACGGAGUGAACUUAGGAGGAGACUUGAAGAGAAAAAGGAGAAACUGAGGGAGACGAGGAGGGCAAUGGACCAGAUGAAGCUUUCUGUGGAAAGAGUGAUGAGGGAACACGAGAAGAGCUUCACUGAUCUGAUUCACUGCAUUGAGGAAAGCCACAAGAAAUUGACUGAGAGGAUCAAAGAACAAGAAAAGAGAGAAACAGAGAAGGCUGAAGGAGUCAUGGAGCAACUGGAGAAGGAGAUUGAGGAGCUGAAGAGGAGAGAAGCUGAGCUGAAGGAGCUUUCAGAGACCAAGGACCAUCUCCACUUCCUACAGACUUUCUCAUCUUGCUGUGUCCUUCCUGCUGAUGGAGACUCGCUCAGCUUCACCGUCACUGCUGAUGUUUCUUCUAAGGACCUGCUAAAGGAGCUGUCAGGUCUGAAGAAGAGCCUGGAGAAGAUCAGCCAGUGGGACAUCCUGGCAUGGACUCCAUCAGGUCGUGAAGCUCCAGUCUUCACCCUACAGUCUCCUGAACCUCAGAGCAGAGACGAGUUUUUACAAUACUUCUGUCCCCUAACACUGGACAUCAACACGGCACACAGACGCCUCCGUCUGUCUGAAGGACACAAGAAGGUGACAUGUGGGAGGACAAAAGCCAAAUAUCGUGAUCAUCUUGACAGAUUUGACUGCUGGCCACAAGUUCUGUGCAGAAAGGCUCUGACUGGGACUCGCUGUUACUGGGAGGUGGAGUGCAGUGGAGACAACGUGCUGAUAGGAGUCGCAUAUACAGGACUGAGCAGGAAAGGAGAGGGCCGGGAGUGCAGCCUUGGUUUCAACAACAAGUCCUGGUGUUUGCAGUGUUUUAAUUCCCAGUACUUUGUGUAUCAUGAUAGCCAGCAGAUGGCCAUCAGUGCCUCCUACAGCCCCAGAAUAGGUGUGUAUCUGGACUGGCCUGAUGGCUCUCUGUCCUUUUAUAGCAUCUCACACACAAUGACCCUCCUGCACAGGUUCAACACCUCCUUCACUGAGCCCCUCUAUCCAGGGAUUGGGCUUGAUUAUGACUGUAGUGUAACAAUCUGCCCUCUGACACCAGGAGACCACUGACCAGUACUCUCCGCCAUUCACUUAGUGUUUCUACAAGUGCAGGUCCUCUUUGUGUUUGUAGUUUGCGGUCAAAAUUAAUUUUAAAUGAUGGAUUUGGUGGAGGUGGUGGUUUAGGUUGCACUUCUGGCUGAAUUUGGGGAUGAGAAUGAAGGGCGAGUGCAGCGUUUAGAGUCUCCAUUAUAUUUGUGUGUGAUUUAAUCUUUGAGUAGUCAAUCAUAAAUGUGUCAUGUUGUGUCGCAGAGACACCUCAGACCUACAAAUACCAGUCUGACCACAAGCGGUCACAUGUCCUUUAGGCUGACACCCUAACAAUGCUAUGGCUCCUGCGCAUCACUGAAAGUCACCUGUUAUUACAGACCUGUGGUCCUGCUGGAACAGCUGUACUGAUAGGCAUGAUAGACACUAAGGUACCAAGGACCAUUGACCAGUGAGCAAAUGUAGGAGAGCACAGAGUGACAGAAGUGACCAUAGUGCUGCCUCCUCACUGGGCAUUUUCUUCCCCUCUGUUGGUCACUCAUGUGAUCUGUCACUUUUGAAUUAAUUCAGUGUGAAUGUAUGAAGACAAGGUCUCAUUAGUCAGUCAGGCAUUGGCCAUACUGAUUUGUCACCAUCACCUAACACUGACCAGAUGAAUCAGUUGACUGACUUCACUGUCACUGUCAGGGUCCUCAGUGUCACUCACAUUUAGUAUUUGUGAACACUUCUAUCUUUCCCUUGACACACACAUUCCUGGGAUUAAUGUGCAAUUUCCUCAGGACUCCUGAAAGGUGUAACACCUGACAUUAUUUUGUGUAAAGAACUCAAUGAAGGCCCAAGGCUGACAGUCCCUGCACCCUUCAUUACAGUCCUCGCCAGCAGGUGGCUCCUGGGAGUUCAUCAUCAUGGAGUCUGAGGUGGUAAAAGGAAGAGGAUGAAGUGAAAAAGGAGUGAGGGCGAUAGAGGAGAGUGUUAGGGGAUAAAGGGAGAGACCAACAACCUCGUGAAACAGUCAGAUUGAAUCAGAUGGGUGGGCCACUUGUGCGUCUGUGCUGCUGUGACACAACUUAAAUAAAGA